AUGAGCUCUCUGGGCGGCCCGGCCGCCUUCUCCGCCCGCUGGGCUCAGGACCUGUAUAAGAAGGAGAGCGGCAAGGAGCCGGCCGAGCCCGUCCUCCACCUGCCGCCGGUGCAGCCCCCUCCGGUCAUCCCCGGGGGGCCGCUCUUCAUGCCGUCCGACCGCUCGACGGAGCGCUGCGAGACCAUCCUGGAGGGGGAGACCAUCUCGUGCUUCGUGGUCGGCGGGGAGAAGCGCCUGUGCCUGCCGCAGAUCCUCAACUCGGUGCUCCGGGACUUCAGCCUGCAGCAGAUCAACUCGGUGUGCGACGAGCUGCACGUCUACUGCUCCCGGUGCACGGCCGACCAGCUGGAGAUCCUGAAAGUCAUGGGCAUCCUGCCCUUCUCGGCGCCCUCCUGCGGCCUCAUCACCAAGACCGACGCCGAGCGCCUCUGCAACGCCCUGCUCUACGGGGGCAGCUACCCGCCGCGCUGCAAGAAGGACUUCCCGGGCUCCGGCGGCCUGGAGCUGGAGGUCACCGAGAGGAGCUUCCGCGUCUACCACGAGUGCUUCGGCAAGUGCAAGGGCCUGUUCGUGCCGGAGCUGUACGCCAACCCCAGCGCCCCCUGCAUCCAGUGCCUGGACUGCCGCCUCCUCUACCCCCCGCACAAGUUCGUCGUCCACUCGCACAAGGCGCUGGAGAACCGGACGUGCCACUGGGGCUUCGACUCGGCCAACUGGAGGGCCUACAUCCUCCUGGCCCCGGAUUAUAGCGCCGGCUGUGACGACGAGCAGGCCAGGCUGGCCAGACUGCUGGACGAGAUGAAGGACAAGUUCGACUACAGCAACAAGUACAAGAGGAAAACUUCCAGGGUGAGCCGGGGGCCGGGCUCCAGGGCUUGGCAGCUCAGGGGUUAA